AUGCGUCGAAAUACCAAGAAACCAGGGAGACGACCGAGCUCCCGUCCAUUCAUCACUGCUGUAUCACUACUCUCCCUCCUGUCCGCCUACUCUUUUCUCGCACACACUUAUCUCAGCGGAUAUGACGACACCCACGCCACCCCUGGCCUUCUCACAGCUCGAAGCGAGCAGCAUCAGCCAACAUGCGACCAGGUUCACAAAGCUCAAGACCAGUGCGCCUUUAUCAAGGAAUACUGCUCCGACAACCAGUCAGGACUGAUACCCUACCUCUCCCUCUACUAUUGUACGCUGGGCGAGGCCAAGGUCUUUGGCUUUGUCUUGCUCAUUUCUUGGCUUGGGCUUCUCUUCACCACAAUUGGUAUCGCCGCGAGCGACUUUUUCAGCGUCAAUCUAGGGACGAUAUCCUCCAUUCUCGGACUGAGCGAAAGCCUUGCCGGCGUUACAUUUCUUGCCUUUGGAAAUGGAUCGCCCGACGUCUUCAGCACCUUUGCCGCCAUGAACUCCAACAGUGCUAGCAUGGCCGUUGGUGAGCUCAUAGGUGCUGCUAGCUUCAUCAGCGCCGUCGUCGCUGGGUCCAUGGCCCUAGUGCGCGAGUUCCAGGUAGAUAAGAAGACAUAUGUCCGCGACAUUUUCUUCUUCAUUGUCGCCGUCGCCUUCACAAUGGUGUUCCUGGCUGAUGGACACCUGCACCUGUGGGAAUGCUGCGCCAUGGUUGCCUAUUACGCUGUUUAUGUUGCCACCGUUGUCGGCCAGCACUGGAUUGGUACGAGGAGAAAGAAGCGGCAACGGAGGGAGGGUGAGGCUCGCAGCCACUUUUACGGAUCCGUAGGAGCCUCCAUGGAUGAAUUGGCAGGGGAACCCUACCGAGAUGACCCGGAUGACGAGCAGGCUCAGCACCACUCGGCCGAGAUCUCGGCACUGGAGCAAGGGCCAAGAAUAGAAGUCGAGGGACAAUCCAUACCCCUUGAAGACGACCAAAAUGACGAAACGGAAGAAGAUCAUGAGAGGAUGGUGGCGGCCGAAGUUGCCAGUAGCAUGAGGGUUCUACGGACUGGAGGAAGGCGGAGAAACACACUCAACCCCAUAAGGCCCAGCCUGGUGGGUGCUCUCGAGUUUCGGUCGGCCCUGGCGCAGCUCCAGCGGGAGAGCAAUCACAAGAUGUCGCCUCUUGCUACACAUGGCAGGAGCUUCUCUGCCGACCAUCUCCAAGCUGCCAUAUCACCGACCCCAACGACACCUGCGCAGCUCACGGCUGAUCAGCAUUCACCCCACACCAUCUCGGUCCUCAAAAAUCCCUCUGAUGGUCGGACCAGAGCUCACUCUUCCGGGAGUGCCCCCAACCAACUGAUCGCGGGCCCGGAGCUGGCUGUGCAGUCACCAAGCCCUAUCUCGGCAGAGCACCCACGUGCAGAUGGUGGUCGAAGAAGCCCGAGCCCGAGUCCCAGCACCUCCCACAUCGUUGGCGGUAAUCUGGCGCCCCCUCCAGCCAAUGCUUCCCUUAGCCCCCUAAACAACCCGCUAAGAUCGGAGGCAGGUAUACCAAGCCUACAUCUCCAGAUCCCAAGCAGACGCAGCAGCCAUAGCGUGGGGUCCUCCCCUACGUCUCCAUUCCCCAUGUAUACCGAUUCGCCUGCCGUUCUGACACCACUGCCCCAACUGGGGGAGCAGAAUUUUAUGCUCCCUACGCCGCUACAGCGCGAGAUGCCAUUUGCAGACGUACAGAUGGUGGUGCAACAUCCCAAGCCAGUCAAGUGGUGGCCAUACUCAGUACUGCCCCCUCCGCACGUCAUGUAUGCUGCCUUGUUCCCAACCCUGCAAGGGUGGAGCGAGAAGACGUUUUGGGACAAGUUUGCCAGCACUAUUUCCAUGCCGAGCAUCUUUUUCCUGGCCAUUACGCUCCCGGUGGUCGAGUCAGACGCAUCAGACGAGGAUGGCUCGUUCGUCGGCACCGCCCUCCACGAUCCAGCCUACCCGCACACGUCGGGGCACUCUAUAUUGUCACUCUCAGAAGCUGACGAGACUGAGACGGAGUGGCAGCGCUACCAGAGACAUUCCAUGUCUCGGAGGAACAGCUACCAGGGGCGACAACUGCAUCUCUCGUUGGAGAACGAGAGCACUCUGGUUGCUGAUGAAAACGGCCGCGCUGUAGCGGGAGCAAGACCACUGACCCCCGCGGACGGGAAGCCAGGCUCUGGGACGGCAUCGAUGGACCAUGCUAACGACGAGACCCUUUCGUGGAACCGAUGGCUGGUAUGCAUACAGCUCUUUACGGGACCGUUAUUUGCCGUCUUUGUCAUAUGGACUGGUAUGCGCGACGACCUCGACUCUCCCGGGAGGACGUUCGCCAAAAUGGCCAUGUACAGUCUCCUGGUGUCAUUGGUUCUGCUGGCGUUCCUGGUGGUGUUUACGUCGGAGAAUGUUAAACCCAAGUACCACUACUUCCUCUGCUUUCUGGGUUUUGCUAUCAGCAUAGCCUGGAUAUCUACGAUUGCGGAGGAAGUGGUGGGCGUGCUCAAGACAUUUGGCAUCAUGCUCAACAUUUCGGAGGCGCUCUUGGGACUGACCAUCUUCGCAGCAGGUAACAGCGUCGGUGAUUUGGUAGCUGAUAUUACCAUUGCCCGACUGGGCUACCCCGUUAUGGCAUUAUGUGCCUGCUUCGGUGGCCCCAUGCUUAAUAUCCUAUUGGGCAUUGGCAUCGGUGGCUUGCUCAUGAUGGUCCGUGGCGCCAACAAGAGCCACAAGAAAUUUCCUGACAGGCCUCUCAAGUACGGGCCGUAUCCUAUCCGCGUGGGUGGGACACUGAUGCUCUCUGCUGCCACAUUGAUCGUGGUACUCGUGGGACUGGUGAUUGCCGUGCCCAUGAACAAAUGGAUCUUGAGCCGCCGAAUUGGAUGGGCCUUGAUUUCUAUUUGGACCGUCAGUACGGUAGUUAAUGUCAUUAUUGAACUGACUGGCGUGUGGGAUGAGGUGGCAUGA